GAUCUGACAACACUGCGCGCGAACCAAACACGGCGAGGAUAAAGCAAGAUGGCGUCUGACGCUGAAGACGUUAUUGCAGUCGUCACAGUUCAGUGUUCUUAAUCUGUGCUGCCAUGUACACAUAUAUGUCCUUUAUUAGACUCUAUUAAAUAGAGUAAACAUCGUUAAUAACUGUUUGCAUCCGGUUAUAUUAGUCUGAGCGCACUUUGAUGCUUCUCGAGCUAGUUUGCUUACUAGUUAGCUGCUAACAAAGAGAGGCGGAAGUGAUCAAAACACAUCGCUAAGCGGAGAUCAAGUGUGAGUGUAAAGUGUUGUGAUUGUGUGAAAAUGUGCGAAAGAACGACAGCAGAGUACGAGGAGGAACUUUGUCCAACAAAAGAGGAGAGGGAGCGACAACAACAAAAACAUCAAGUUGUGUUACACAGAUCAGACAUCCAUCAGUUGAUGGAACACCAAGAAGAAUGUCUCCCUCAUCUGCAGGGGGAAAGUUUCACACAUCCACAGCCCGCCUUUUUUAAAGAGGAAGAGGAGGGUGAGUGUCCUGUAGAGCAGGAGGAGGCUGAUCUCAGCAAGUUUCCACUGACUGUUGUCUCUGUGAAGACUGAAGAGCAUGAAGACAAACCACCUGAGUCCUCACAGCUUCAUCACAGUCCAAACGUCCAGCGGGUGUCAGCGGGGAGUCAUGAAGAGAUUCCCUCUAGGCAACAGGAGUGGCACACCAGUGUGGGACAGAAGGAGCUACAGGCCCCCUCCCACAUUAAAAAGGAGCAGCUUCAUGAUGAAGAUGAAGCUCAGUCCUUACAGCUUCAUCACAGUCAAAGUGAGGAGAACAGAGGGGCGGAGCUUGUAAGUCAACACAUCACAGAAGCUGAUGGAGAGCAUUGUGAAGAUAUAAAGUCAGAACCAGACAGCAUCUUUGCUCCACUGUCAGACAUGGACCACAUGAUGUCAGACUCUUCUGAUCACAGUGACCACAUCCAAAAACCUUUGGAGAGUAAAAAUGACUCUAAAGGUGAUACAAGACAUCACACUAACAACAAACACUUUGACUGCUCUGAAUGUGGGAAAUCAUUUAGAUGGAAGAGUCUUUUUACAAGACACAUGAGAAUACAUAAUGGAGAAAAGCCUUUUACUUGCACUGUUUGUAAGAAAAGUUUCUCCACAAUGCAAAGCAUGACCACACACAUGAGAACACACACUGGAGAGAAACCUUUUACUUGCUCAGCUUGUGCUAAAAGAUUCAACACUAAGAAUAAAAUGAUAUUACACAUGAGAACACAUACUGGAGAAAAACCUUUUACUUGCUCUGUUUGUAAGAAGAGUUUCUCCACAGAGAUUAACAUGGCCAGGCACAUGAGAACACACACUGGAGAGAAACCUUUUACUUGCUCUGCUUGUGCUAAAACAUUCAAAACAAAGUAUGACAUGAUGUUACACAUGAGAACUCAUACUGGAGAGAAACCUUUUACUUGCUCUGUUUGCAAAAAUAGUUUUUCCUUAAAGCUUAACCUUACCACACACAUGAGAAUACAUACUGGAGAGAAACCUUUUACUUGCUCUAUUUGUAAGAAGAGUUUUUCCACAAAGCUUAACAUGACCAGACACAUGAGAACACAUACUGGAGAGAAACCUUUUACAUGCUCAGUUUGUAUGAAGAGUUUCUCCACAGAGCGAGAGAUAACCACACACAUGAGAAGACAUACUGGAGAGAAACCUUUUACUUGCUCAGCUUGUACUAAGGGAUUUAACACUAAAAAUGAAAUUAUAUUACACAUGAGAACACACACUGGUGAGAAACCUUUUACUUGUUCUGUUUGUAAGAAGAGUUUCUCCAGAAAACAAUACAUGACCACACACAUGAGAACACACACUUGAGAGAAACCAUCUAGUUGCACCUUGUGCGAUAAGAUGUUCACGUUUAAAGGCCUACUGAAAUGAGAUUUUCUUAUUUAAACGGGGAUAGCAGGUCCAUUCUAUGUGUCAUACUUGAUCAUUUCGCGAUAUUGCCAUAUUUUUGCUGAAAGGAUUUAGAAGAGAACAUUGACGAUAAAGUUUGCAACUUUUGGUCGCUAAAAAAAAGCCUUGCCUGUACCGGAAGUAGCAGACAAUGACGUCACCGGUGUGAGGGCUCCUCACAUCCUCACAUUGUUUAUAAUGGGAGCGUUCAGCAGCAAGAGCUAUUCGGACCGAGAAAACGUCAGUUUCCCCAAUAAUUUGAGUGAGGAUGAAAGAUUCGUUGAUGGAGACAUUGAUAGCAAAGGACUAGGAAAAAAUAAAAAAAGGCGAUUGCAUUGGGAGCGAUUCAGAUGUUUUGAGACACAUUUACUAGGAUAAUCCUGGAAAUCCCUUAUCUUUCUAUUUUGUUGCUAGUGUUUUAGUGAGUUAAAUAGUACCUGAUAGUCGGAGGGGUGUCUCCACGGGUGUGUUGAAGUCACGGCAGCUGCAUGGACGGCGCAAGCUUCGCAGAUCUCCGGUAAGAGGUGACUUUUUGCCACAAUUUUUUCACCGAAACCUGCCGGUUGACGAGUGGUCGGGAACCAUGUUCGCUUGACCGCCCUGAUCCAUAGUAAAGCUUCACCUCCGGGAAUUUUAAACAAGGAAACACCAUGUGUUUGUGUGGCUAAAGCCUAAAGCUUCCCACCUCCAUUUUUCUCGUUUGACUUCUCCAUUAUUAAUUGAAAAAAUUGCAAAAGGUUCUGCAACACAGAUGUCCAAAUUACUGUGUAAUUGCGCGAUGAAAAGAGACGACUUUUAGCCGCAAGUGGUGCUGGCUAAUAUGUCCCCUCCAACUAAUAACUUCACAAACACGUGUCAUCAUUCCGGGACGUUUUCAACAGGAAACUCCGUGGGAAAUUUAAAACUGAAAUUUAGUAAACUAAACCGGCCGUAUUGGAAUGUGUUGCAAUGUUAAUAUUUCAUCAUUGAUAUAUAAACUAUCAGACUGUGUGUGUUCGGUAGUAGUGGGUUUCAGUAGGCCCUUGAGCAUCAGGUCAGUAAACACAAGUGUGUAACAGUCAUGGAAGCUGCAGGGAUUUAAAAACACUCAAACAGUGAUUGUGCUUAAUGAAUGCAUCAUGGAUGUUAACUACUGCAAAACAUCAACAAAGAAGAAAAAGGCUGAAGUUAGCAUCACAUCACUGAACUUUAGAACCAUCGCGAGUGGAGUUGCUUGUUUUUAUUGCUGCAUUUGUACUUAUUUCACCUCACAUCUUCACUUUUAAUACUGAAGUCUUCUUCAAAUAUAUUGUUGCAGGCUUCUAAGAUUUGUGUUUCUGUUGUGUAUGUAGUCUACCGUGGAAAGGUUGUUGUCCCUUGUGGAUCCAUUUGUUCACUUGUACAGAUUCAUCAUCAUCAUCAUCAGACAUCACCCGAUCACUACUGGACGAAACCUUAACGUUAAUGUUUUAGUAUAAGUGUGACCUCAUUAUACUUUGAUAAUAAGACUAAAAGAUACAGAUUUAAGUACUGUAUUUGAGUGCCUCUUGUAGUACUCCAACUCGAUCGUGAGCUAGCAGAUGCAUGUUGCUAUCAUGUUUUAUCAGCAAGGAAGACAGCAUUUGUGUUUGUUUGUUUUUGUCAAUUCCAAGUUUUAUUACUCUGCUGAAUAAAUGAAUCACUAUGACUGCCAA